CUGCACUUCCUGUUGUUCCACCAAAAUUAAACGUCCCCACAGAGAGCAGGACAGUGCAGUAGAGUUCCACCUAUGCUUUUAUUUGAUAAAACAGUUCAACUUCCGGUUUUAGCAUCAUCUUCUUCUUCGUGUUGCCUUUAUGUACACUCUCGGUUCUUUAUUAGAAACCCCCUCCAGAAUCGACUCCAUCAGGGUUUGUCCGUUUGCGCAGUUAGCCUAUUUUUUGAGAGAAAUAAAAACUUUUACCAAAGCUACGCCUACUAAGGCUUUUUUCAGCGCCUUGGUGGGGCAAUAGCGCCUCCAAUCGGGUGGCGCUGGGAACUGCGUCAUUAUUUGUUUGGUCUGCCUCAAGACUUUGGUUUAACGGCGCCGCGUGCCAAAAAAAAUAAAAAAUAAAAAUAAGACAAUGACAUGUGAAGUGUAUUAGUACUCUCCGUCCACCGGAGGGGAGUCCAUACCGCCGGAAGUAUCGUUGUUAUGAAAUAAGCACCUUGUUUUCUAUUGGCCACGACAACAGUUAUAAACGCUUCUUUUCUGCUGUAUUAACAGUACAUUCACUCUAAUUUCACUUCUGUAAAUACAGCAAAGCAAGUAUCACAAUUUACCGGUAUAUACAUUUAAAAAGCCUCCACAAGGCACCGAACUAUAACCCGAUCUUUGGGAAUGUAUUCGUUCUCAUCUAACGGUUGUUCUCUGACGUCAUAGUUUUUUUAGCCAAUCGGUAUCCACCUGUUUUGGCGGUUAUUACAGCCCUGUUACAGUUUAGCUAAUUCCAGUGACAUUUUGUCCAUAAAUUGUCUUUAAACAUGAACUGGGUUGGAGGUUCAAGGAACCGCUUGGUGAUGAAGAACAAUGCUAAAAAGCAGAGGGAGUUUUUUGAAAAGAAAAAAAUGGAGCAAAAAUUGAAGAAGUUGGGCAUAAAUCUUCCAAAUUCCUCGUCUGGAAAUGUUGGCUCUGGGAGCACAGACCUGAUGACUUUACUUAUUGUUAACCAGAUCGCUACCAAGAAAGCAAACCAAGAUCCUCCCAAAGUCACAGUUUUUGGCAGCAGUAAAAAAAGCCUCAAACACAGGAGAAAUGAAGCUCUUGUGCUGCCGAUGAGUCCUGGUUCCCCGUCUAAGCUGUUCCUUGCAGACAGCCAACCUCAUUAUAGUUUUCAAGGAAUGCAAACAAGAAAGACUCUUAACCACCAGGGAUUCAAAUGUGGACAGCUUUCACCGGUCCUGGAGUCAGCCUUCUCAGACAACAGCGCUUCGGACUACCUGCCACCCAGAACCGACCUCCCCAGCCCUUCUUCCUCAGCCUCAUCACUGUCCUCAGGCAGAGGACUGGCACUGUCAGGAAUCUUCCAGUUCCAGAUGAAUCCAGAAAAGGAAAGCCACAGUCAGGCCCAGGUUAUCGUUCAGCGUUCUCCUUUACCCUGGGAUGACAUGCAGCAGUCAAGACAGUUUCAGCCUUUCUCCCAGCCCAGAUCUAUGACAGAAGCCUGCUGCUGGUCCAACACAUCAGAACCACCCCUUUUCCAAAUCCAGACCUCCUCUCCAGCCCAGGGGUUCUUUGGAAGUCCAGAACCAGAUAGAAGUGAAGGUGAGGUCUGUAGAAUGAACACAGACAUUUUUCCAACACAACCGGAAGACGAGGGGCUGGACUUCACACUCAGCCAGGAAGACCCAGAACACGCCACCCACCAGGAUGUCUUCAAGCGGUUCUGUCAGGAUGAAAAUGGAAGGGAAGGUUCUGGCUGUGGAGGGCCGCAGUCCAAACUAUUUCUGGCAGAGGAAACAUCCAUCAGACCUUCAGGCCUCCAAACUGUGCCUGACUGUCAGUCCAUGCUCGCUGAGGUAAGCAUGACCCUGUCCCUCUGUCGCCGUCUAGUGAUAGAUCCUCAUAGCUGUGUGGCAGAAAGCAUGUCGAGCUUCCUAAAUGAAUCCUGCUGCUGUCUUUGCUGUUUUCCCUCACAGUUCUACAAGAACGCAGACUUCCACUCAUCAUCUCCAGGACCAACCCCCCGUCCUGUGAGCGGCUGUGAAUAUUCCCCGAGCUGCUCCUGCACAGCGGGUUACUAUAGUUCAGAUUCUAAUGACGAUGAACCAUGCUGUGAGCCAGUUUCUUCCUCCUGUACGGCCCAUGCUUGUUAUCCAAUUCAUUUAGAUCAAGCUUUAUUGAGUCCUAAACCCCCCCAGUCCAGACCCCCUACGCCAUCAGAGAGUUCCAACACCAGCCUAAAAGAUGAAGAAAACAUUCUGAAGACAUCCAAAGCUCAAAUGAUGGAAACCACGAGUCCAGCUGUCCGUCUCAGUCUGGAACAAAGUCCAGAGUUCAAGCCGUGCGGCUGCAGAAAAGCCCGAACCCAAGACGCAGCAGCUCAAACGCUGAGCCUCUGCAAACCUGACGCUCGAGAUGCCACCACCCAGUGUGGCCCAGACGUCAAGGCUGCAACCCCACCCUUCAGUCUCCAUCCGCCGGACGGUGAAGGCGUGUCUGGGAGGCGGAGUCACGCUGAACCACAGGAAGCUCCCAUCCCAACAGACAGGCAGGAAGCGGCCUCGUCUGCAGGGUUGGAGGUUCAGAGAGCGACGGUUUCAUCUGGAGACAGUCUGAGGUACCAGCCAGGACUCUGAGGUUCUGUUCAGCCAUGGCCUCUGUCGUCCUUUAGGAGCUGAAAGAAGACAGCUGUCCCAUGAAGAAGAGGACAGUCCACAGGAACCCAGCACCCCAAGAAGAUACAGCGCUGGAGGGAGGAGCCGGCAUCUCAUUUUGGUGAAGCAGAAGAUAUCAUAGCAGGAAAAAUGACGUGUUGGGCUGCAGUUUUAAUUUAAGCCUCGUUUAAUAGUAAAUAAAGAAAAGACGUCAGCACA